AUGGUUGCCUUGCUUAAUAUCAGCAUUAUUGGUUUUGUUCUAUAUAUCGCCGUUAUUGUUCAAGCUAAUCCAUCGCUUGAAACAUCAAAUGAUGUCAAUGAAAACAAAUCAGCAAUUAGCAAUCAACAACUUUAUGAGCUUUAUAAAAUAAUGCGUGCCGAUCCUCGCCUGGCUUCUGUAUCCAAUAAUGAUAUUGUCUUAUAUAUUUAUCGAAAUUUCGUACUUGGUAAUGGUCAAGAUAUUGAUGCUAUUAAGGCAAAAUAUCAAAAAUAUCGCCGUCAUCGAUAUCAAACAGCAGUUAAAGCUAAAUAG